CAGAGCAGCAAAGUGUUGCUGUUCUGGGAUCUGAAGCAGUAAAAGCCAUGUCUUUUGUUGCCCACACUCAGCUCGUCAUCCUGUGCAGCGUUUGGUGCUCAAUCAGUGGGGCUUCUGUGGAGGUCCCAGAUAUUGCUGUGAGAUGUGCUGAAGAGGUGUUGCUGCCCUGUCAAGUUCUUCAGGACUCCUCAGUCACCCACCAGACAGCAUCUUGGUAUAAAAUGGCUGGAGAUGGUGAAGGAAUAGCAUGGAAAGCCUUUGAUGUGGAAUCUCAUUAUCCAAAAGACCUCGGGGGGUCCCUGGAGCUCGCCAACGACACCUCCUUUUCACUAAGGAUCAAAAACGCCACCAGCCAGAACAGUGGGACAUAUAAGUGCAUUUUGGGGGAACAGAGUGGAGAACACAACCUGAGCAGCACAGUCAAGUUAAGAGUUACAGGUUGCCCUGGGAUAGAAGAUGAAAAACUAAAAAAAUACAAAGCUGAGCUUUUCAUGCUGACUUGCCUUGGGAUUUUUUACUUGCUGCUCAUCUUUUUUACCUGUACAUGUCUAAGAAAAGAGAGCAUGUCUCCAAAUCAUCAGAAAACCAGCCCAGAUAUGAAACACAUGCUCACCCUCCUCAAUGUCCAUGAAAUGACAACUUUCCAGCACUUAAACAGCGACAGCACUUGCAAAAAUGAGCUGACUUCAAGUUCUGUCUAAGUUGUCUCUGACAGUCCUGUGGGCUCACCACAACGCAACCUGGAUGGCUGAGUGGCGUGCAGAGGAAACAAAUGACAUGUGGCGUCUUCAGAACAGCCUGAAAGUCUAAGUAACUUGUCAGGGACCUGCCUGCACUGACAAGCCCUCAGAAAAGCACUGUCAUGCACUACAGCAACUUUUGGGACCCAGAGGCAGCUAUGAAAUGCCAUUACAGCUACACAAUGGGAUUAUGAAGCGGUUACAAAGUCCGUGUCAACUUUAUUUCACCUUGCCAUGCACCCCUCUUGUUCUGAGCAAGAAUGCUCUCACGAUAUGAAGACCAGGUUAUAAGGAGGCCGUGGCAGCACAAAGCCAGGUAAUUAAGCUUUUCACUGAGCUAACAGUUCUCAUCUUUCAAAAGCAAACACAACAGGUGCUGCAGUAUGAAAAGCUAAGCGUGAGGGGCCACUGGGGCUCUCAGCCUGAUUUGGGAUGGAGUUCCUUUCCUGCAAAUGGGAUGUAACUUCUCAUGUGAUGUUCAAGUAAGAUGAAGAGGUAACUUCAUGCACCUGUCCUGGGAUUAAACCAACAUUCACUUUUAAAUCUCAGAACGAGACAAGCUGAAAUGUUUUCUCCCUUCUUACAUUCUGGAAGUCUUUAGGGACCGACAGGAACUUUCUUCCUCUGCAAGAGAAGUUGGGACACAUUUCCCUGGGGCAUCUCUAGAUCAGUACAUAAAAAGCUUCAAUAAGACUGCUAACCUUAAAGCAGCAAAAGUGACUGAAGCAGAUAGUGAUAUUAAGGACAUUUAUUUUGUAGUUUAUAAAACAUGAAGCAAACGUGGUAACCGUGUCAGUCAAGUUACAUGAGUGACAGCCAAAGACAUGGCUUGGAAGAAAUCAACUGUCUGUACCUUUGAGAUGUACUGAGCCAGCCAUGAGCUAGAGGAAUGGGAAAUGAGCACCUGCUUUUGGUGUUGUCAGGGGGUAUUCUUUACCAAACAAGGACAUGAGAAAAGCUGAACUCAGACACACAAUAUACGGGAGAGAAGACUCAUUCUCUUGGACCAAAGAAAGCAAGAGAGAUUCUAGAAUACAAAACCAAGGAACUUGCCUUACCAAGCUGCUGGUGCAGAAGGUGAAGCAAGGGGAGUCUAGAGUGAACGGGAGUGUUUAUGCCACCAUGUGAGAAUCUGCAAGCAGCUAAGAACACAAUCACAAAACCAAAAUAAACCCCCAAAACCUACAAACUUGCAACAAUCAAACUGUAACAUUUGGGGUUUUAAUGUGGUUUGGGGUUCCAGGUUGUGAUAAGGAGGCUCUUUCUUUAAUCCUCUGACUGAUUUUGAAGCACUGAUGGAAGGAAAGCACUGUGCAUCACUCAGUGGGGCCUCUGUCUCCAGUGGUGGAGUCCAAGGGGCUCCUGACCAGAAGAAUGGUUACAAAGGACAUGCAAUUUACUGAAAGCAUGAAAAACUAAUGCCACAUUUGCUCUUUUUUUAAAUAAUAAAUUCCUAAAUGUUUGUAACAUACAUGAAAAUAAAGACUAAAGACCCAGAGACACCAUUUGUCUUUGUGUGUUGCAUAUGGCAAAUAAACCCAGAAAUGCACCAUAUCAAUUG